AUGCUGUUAAAGCUAUCAACAUAUUUGAGGCAUUUAGUUCCACCAGGAAUAAGGUUGAGGAAAUUCAUCAAAGUGAUUUUUUACCUAGUGUUCUUCACUUCUCUUCUCGGGUUUAUGUUUAAUUUGAACGCAGUUGAUUGCAGAAAUGGUGAAAACAAGUGCUCUAACAUAGGAAGAAAAAUUGGGCCAGAGAUUUUGGGAAGUAAUCUGGAAUCACCUGUAACCUCUACGGAACAAAGUUUUAGGACAGCGAAAAUACAUGAAUAUUUUUAUCGUCAUGUAGCAUCGAAUAGCAUACCGGAACAGCUUCAUUGUCUUGACUUGACGCUGGCAAAUGAGCACGCCAACAAUGCAGCAGCACGCCUUCGGCUACCAUCUGCAGACCUUGUUCCUGCUCUGGUUGACAAUUCUUACUUCCACUUUGUUCUUGCUUCAGACAAUGUGCUUGCUGCUUCUGUGGUUGCAAAAUCACUUGUUCAAAACAGUUUGCAACCUUGGAAAGUUGUUUUGCAUAUAAUUACAGAUAAAAAGACUUAUAAUUCGAUGCAGGCUUGGUUUUCACUGCACUCAUUAUCACCUGCUAUAAUUGAGGUCAAGUCGUUGCAAGAUUUUGAUUGGUUUAGAGAGGGAAAAGUGUCUCUUCUAGAGGCAAUGGAAAAAGAUCAACAUGUGCGGUCGCGGUUUAGAGGAGGUUCAUCAGCUAUAAUUUCAAAUACUGCCGAGAAGCCGGAAGAUAUUGCCGCAAAACUGAAAGCGCUUAGUCCCACAUAUAGUUCAGUGAUGAAUCAUAUUCGAAUAUAUAUUCCAGAGUUAUUUCCAAGUCUUGACAAGGUGGUCUUCCUGGACAAUGACAUUGUGGUACAAACUGAUCUUUCACCUCUAUGGGAUAUUGACAUGAAUGGAAAAGUCAACGGAGCAGUAGAAACAUGCAAAGGGAAAGAUAAACGUGUGAUGUCAAAGAUGUUGAAAAGCUAUUUGAACUUCUCCCACCCUCUAAUAUCUAAAAACUUUGAUCCAAAUGAAUGUGCUUGGGCUUAUGGCAUGAACAUUCUUGACCUUGAAGCUUGGAGGAAGACCAAUAUAAGCUAUACAUACCAUUAUUGGGUUGAGCAGAAUAUAAAAUCAGACCUGAGUUUGUGGCAUCUAGGGACAUUGCCCCCUGGAUUAAUAGCAUUCCAUGGUAAUGUCCAUACUAUUGAUCCUUUCUGGCACAUGUUGGGAUUGGGAUAUCAGGAAAAUACAAAUCUUGUUGAUGCUAAGAAUGCCGGGGUAGUCCAUUUCAAUGGCUGGGCAAAACCAUGGCUAGAUAUAGCUUUUCCGCAGCUAAAACCAUUGUGGACCAAGUAUGUUGACUUUUCAGACAACUUCAUCGAGAGCUGUCACAUUAGGGCGUGAUUUAAGAGUUGAUGAAAAGGUUUUUGUAUGGAAGGGAAGACGAAAAUGAGAGGAUUUUCAAGUGCAAGUUCAUCUAAGAAGAAAUUGACACAACAAUGAAAUGGCAAGAUGCCCCCUUCUUGUUUUAGAUUCUUUUUUUUAGUAUUCAGUUGAAUUUUUUUAAUUCUUUUCCCCCUCUUACUCCAUAUAUAUUGUAAAUACUAAAUAACUAUUUGUGGAUCAUAUACACCUUAACUCUGCAACAAUGAUUAUACGAUUUUUUCAAACAAAAAAAAAAAGCACAUUCAAUCCAUGUAUUUUAUUCACGUAGCUCAUUUCAAAUCCAAGCACCAUCAGAGAGAGGA